ACAACGUGUGUACGACUGAAGAAACAAUUCUGUGUAGUUACGCCUCGCUCGCUCUGCAGGGGAGACAAGUGCUUUUCUCCCUUAUCUGACUAUACUCCAUUUUUGUAAUAACAAAAAUGUCUGAAAUAUCGUCAUUGCUACCCAGAAUCUACAAAUCCUGCUCAAAGGAUAUGAACCCCUCCUCUCUCCUCAUAGAGGGACAGCGGCAGCUGUUGAACAGGAGUAAUCCCAGCAGCAGUAAAUCUUUGGACAGUGGGACAAUGCUGCCUGCUCCUGGGGACAGGAAGAACAGAGCUGUGACAGCCAGGCCCUACAUAAGCUAUGCAAAAACCUGGGUACCAGGGCACAAAAAUAAAGAAGUGAUAAGGGCACACACAGCAGGUGGACGUCAUUCUGUGUUGGACACUAAUGAGAUACUUGCCAUUAUUGAGGAAAAACUGAACAACUCGCACCAUUAUGUAGAGCAAAUGUUUCGUAAUAAUGACCCUAAAAGCAAAGGAAUCGUAUCCAGGGAAGCAUUGACACGAGUCCUUUGGAGCAUAUGCGGGCAUCUAACUACACAGCAAAUCAGUCAUCUGUUAAGCAGAUUAAAUUUAACUGGACACACCAGCAUAUCCUUUAAUGAUUUCAAAAACUGUUUUCAAAAGAGUAAGGUGAAUAAGAGUGGGUGGAUUAAGCCAAACAUGGCUAAAUAUUUCCAAAGCAAUAUAAGAAAACAGAACAAUACACCUGUCAGUGAGGCCACAACAAUCAAUCAGAGGCUCUGGGAUUUAUUAGCAGAAAGACUAAAGAAAUGUGACUCUUUCCACAAAUAUUUGCCACCAUCUUGCCUUCAUUCUUCGGGAUUGGUUACCUUUCAAGAAUUUAAAAGUGCUCUAAAGGCUGUGAGUUUGCUAUACUCUGAUAAUGAAAUUGAGGACAUGUGGACAAGGUUUUGGAACACAACAAGCGCAGUUGUGCCAACUGCUGUUCUCUUUCGUAAGCUAGGAUUAACCUUUCCAGUCAUUUCUAAUAACACCACUCUGCAUGAGACAAGGAUAAGUAUUGAGAAAAUCAUUUCAAGAGUAAAAGAAAAGUUAAAUGAACCAUGUAUGUCAAUGCUACAGCAAUUCAGUAGACUGGACUCAUCACAAACUGGUCUGGUCAGUAGAUGUGACUUUCGGCGAUUUCUGUCAAAUGUUAACAUUCCCAUGAAGCCAGUGGAUACGGAGCAUCUUCUGGCCAGGUUUAAUUUAAGAAGAAAGGACGGGAUGGUGGAUUUUCUGGCAUUUGCUGAGAAGCUAAAGAGCAGAUCGAGUCUCAGCUUCAUGAAACAAAUGUUUAAAGACAAAAAGCAAAGAAUAAAUGAUGACACUGAUGGACAUGAGGAAAGCCACAGAGAGUUCUUAACAGCUGUGCAAGCAGAGUGGCGGCUUUUCCUGCUAUGUCAGGGGCCUUUUGUUCGAUUGCUUAUGCAGUUUCGGGAAAAUGAUGGAACAGGAGAUGGAUUUGUCAGUUUUGAGGUUUUCAAAGCAAUAAUGGAGAAAAUGCAAAUCGAACUAACUGAGGAGCACAUGAGGAACCUGGUCCUUAUCCUAUCACAGCACAAUUCCAACUCUUUAUCCUACACAAAAUUCCUUUCUCUCAUUCAAGACAGGCCCACACCUCUAGAAUUGAUAGAAGAGGUAGAAAAACUAUCCUCUUUGAUUAAAAUCCGCCAUCGAAUAGAUAAAAUCCGCUACCACAAAAGUAUUGAAAUGGAUCUGUCAAAGUACAGUCACGCACAAUCCCGGAGGGACCUGCAAGAGCUGAAUUCUGUCAUCUGGGGCCUUCUCCAAAAUAAAUUUUGGCAGUUCUGCAAACUUUUUAUCAGCACUUGUAGAAAUGAUGACUGUACUGCAGAUAAGGAGAAACUGGAUUCCAUAUUAAUGCGGAUGCACCUUAUUCUGCUGCCAGAGGAACUGCAGGAAUUAUGGAGUAGUUUGCCAGUCACUUUCCCAGUUGAAGCAAUUUCCUUGCAAAAGUUACUGAAACAUUUUAUAAGGCUAAGGAAGCCAGAGGAUUAUGGGUCCAAAAAGAUAAAUCAAGUGGAAAUGAUUCAGCUGAAACUUGCCAACGAUAUUGUGAAAUACUGGAGAGAAAUCAAAUGUGUUAUGAAGAAGAGAGAUCCUCGAGGCACAGGUCAAGUCUCCUUUAAGGAAAUCUGUGCAGUUUUCCUUGCUCUUAAGGUCUCCAUUAAUCCAGUGGAGUUUGACACCCUAUGCCAAGCAUUUGAUCUCCAUCUGGAUGGCAACUUCCACUACAUACCUUUCCUAAGAUUUUACAUAGAUAGAAAUAAAAUAAACCACUAAUAAUCACUUAAUAUUUUUGCCAGUACUCUACACAAAAAAUGUUAUAGCGCUCAGGCUGUUGACUAUUACUGUCAGUUAAGGUGGCCAUACACAAGCAGAUUGAAGCUGCUGAUUGGGGUUCAGCAGACCCAUUCGGUGCCUUAUCUGCCUGUGCAUGGGGCUCUCUGACAGGCCUACCUGACCAAUAUCUGGCCAAAAAUUGCCAGAUAUCGAUCGGGUUGGUUUUAUUUCCCUGUUGGAUUGGGAACUGCAUCAGAUCAUUGAGGGGGUCCUUACUCCGACGGCUCAUAUUCCUGACAUUGUAACCCCGUCAUAGGUACCUUUGGUGAGCAUAUCUGGGAAAAGAUUCACUUGUUUUUUAAUGUGACAUCAUAAAAUGAAAGGAUCUUCUAGUGCCUGGUCAUCUUUGUAUAGACUAGUACAUUAAAACUCCAACAUUUUAUUGAAGCUGGAAGUGAGAUCCUGUGACCAAGUGUGCAUGUGUAUGUCACUUCUAUUCAAAUCAGUGGCUGCAAGUUCUAAUGUACUGAUCAAUGCACUGGGAUCUGUUUGGCCAUAAUCAGUUGGAGUCAUUUGGUAAACAAACCCUGAAUUGACUGAUAUAUACUAACAAAAAAUUCAUUCACCACAGUGAGACAGUUUUCUUCCUGAAAUAUUUUAUUAAAGUGCAUCAAACAGCAACAAUGCAGAAAGGCUUCUAAUACAUUCAUGGCACACCAAUAUUUAACAUAGAAAUACUAACAGGAACUAUAUGUCUUAAAGGACAUGUAAACCCCCCCCCCAAAAAAUGUAAUCAGUGAACAGCCUCUUUGAAAUCUUUAAAUACCUGCCACUCCUGUUGUUUAAGGGUUAUUAUUAAGGCUGCAGCAUCCGCUUAAUCUAGGAUUCCUUCUCCUCCUCUGACCCACUGGGACCCCUCCCUUAGGAACUGACAUCGGCUCUUGGCUUAUUGAGCAUGCUCAGUUUAUCUCAACUCUGUUUGCCAAACACACUCUUCAGUCUAGCAGCCAAUGGCGAGAUGGCACUGCUGGUUUCAAUAGAAACUCUGCAAUACAAAUGGUUUGGUUUGUGUGGGGAGUGGGGGAGCUAUGCCCAACAUAUAUACACAGUAGGGAAAUGUAGGCUUUACAUGAUAUCAAAGGAAAGAAGCUGAAUGGAAGUGGAGAAAAUAUGUCUGGAAAUGUUCUUAAAAUAUUCACUGCACACAAUUGUCAAGAGAAAUACAGCCAAUUUACAAAUAAUUGAAUUUCCAUAAAAGAAAACAGAAACAAUAAACAUUGUAAUGGUUCAUCUGCA